CCAUAACCAAGCCUUCAAAAAGCCAUCCACUGAGAGGAUUUCCCUUCACCACUCUCCACUUUCAGGUGGUACCUGCAUAUCAAGCAGAGCCCGAGUUUUCUUCAGGCAGCUGGUCAUGGGAACUUCCCAUGGAGUAGAUGACAUGGUCAUGAGGAAAUCACACAGCGACUUGUGCCUUCAGGAUCUUCUAGAGCCCAUUUUCAUACAAAUUGCUUCCACUUGAUGAUGGAGUGUUGCUGUGCACCCAACCUCAUGACCUAGUGGAGCAGACACUUCAUGAUGAACAGCUCAGGUCACAUGAGAACCCACUGGCCCAUGGUCAAGCAUUCAGGACUCUGCCCUUUCCUAAUGGAGAGCACACAGGAGGGAAUGGCUGCUGUGGCUCCGACUGCCAGAUGCCAGGAAUCAGUGACAUUCAUGGAUGUGGCCGUGAUUUUUACGGAUGAAGAGUGGAGGCAUCUGGUCCCAAUUCAGAGGGAGCUCUACAAGGAGGUGAUGCUGGAAAAUUAUGAGAGCAUUGUCUCACUAGGACUUCCAGUUCCUCAACCUGAUGUGAUUUUCCAGUUGAAGAGAGAGGAUAAGCCUUGGAUAGUUGAUCUUCAUGAAUCUGAUGAGAGAGGAUGGCCAGGGAAGAUUUCUCUAGACUGGGAGACUAAUCCUGAGAUUCAAGGUACUUCAGAAGAAGAAAAGUCAAAAGGAUUGUCCAGGGAAAAACUUGGAAGACAAGAUCCUCUGUGUCCUAAAUUGGAAGUUCAUGCACUGGAAGGUGGGUUGGAAACAGAGAAGGAAAGCCCUGCAGUGGAGACCUGCAAGAAAUCCCUUUCCCAGGAGGAAAGCUUGCGGCAAGGGUCAACCCCUCCUAGGAAAAUUCUCACUAAGGACAGAGACCAGGAAUGCAGAGAUUGUGGGAAGACAUUUUUCGAUCACUCAUCCCUUAUCCGCCAUCAGAGGACUCAUACGGGAGAGAAGCCCUAUGACUGUCACGAGUGUGGAAAAGCUUUUUUCAACCGUUCAUCUCUAACUGUACAUCAACGAAUUCACACUGGAGAGAAGCCCUUUAAAUGUCGUGAGUGUGGGAAAGCUUUCAGUCACAGGUGCAGUCUCAGCAGACAUUUGAUGUCUCACACUGGGGAGAGCCCCUAUGAAUGCAGCGCAUGUGGGAAAGCCUUUUUCGACCGUUCAUCCCUAACUGUACAUCAGCGAAUUCACACUGGAGAGAAGCCAUUUAAAUGCAGCGAAUGUGGGAAAGCCUUCUUUGACCGUUCAUCCCUCACUCGACAUCAGAGAAUUCAUACUGGAGAAAGUCCUUAUGAAUGCAAUCAGUGUGGGAAAGCCUUCAGUCAGAAAAGCAUUCUUACUCGACACCAGCUCAUCCAUACUGGCCGGAAGCCUUAUGAAUGUACUGAGUGUGGGAAAGCCUUCUAUGGUGUCUCAUCUCUAAAUAGACAUCAAAAAGCCCAUGCUGGAGAGCCUCGCUACCAGUGUGGUGAGUGUGGGAAAGCAUUCUUUGACCGGUCAUCCCUUACGCAGCAUCAGAAGAUUCACACUGGAGACAAGCCCUAUGAAUGCAGUGAAUGUGGGAAAGCCUUUAGCCAGAGAAGCAGGCUUACGCGACAUCAGAGAGUUCAUACAGGAGAGAAACCCUUUGAAUGCAGCGUAUGUGGGAAAGUGUUUAGUUCUAAAUCAUCAGUUAUUCAACAUCAACGGCGGUAUGCCAAACAGGGAAGCGGUCCGGCGAGGGUCGCGCGCGUCCCCGGGCCUCCGGGUGGACAGAGCGGUGGACCCCGGUUCCCGCGGCGGGGUCCUCCUGCACGGCCGAGGGAAGGAGUCGCCAUUGAGCCUGGGGGCAGAGAGUCACUUUCCAAGGGUUCAGACCUUCCCCAUGCUGGAAACCCAGGAGAAAAUGGCAUGCUGACCUCUGCAUCCCAGGAGUCGCUCAUGAUCAGGGAUAUGGCCGAGGCUCUCACCCAGUGGGGACAGCUGAACCCUCCGCAGGGAGAUGUCCCCGAGAAGCAUAGGAAUCUGGUCUUGCUGGGGCUUCCGAUUUCCAAGCCUGACGUAAUCUCUCAGUUGGAGUGUGGGGAGAAGCUGGAGAGAGAAGCCUCAAAAGCUACUAGUCCAGACUGGGAGACAAGACCAGAAGGCAAGGAGCUAACCCAAGAGCACGAUGCUUCUGAAGAAGAGUCAUCCCCUGGGGUGUUAAUAGAAAGAUUUCCCAAGGAAGGUGACAGUGGAUGUGAGGGUUCAUUAGAGAGUCAGCAGGAAAACCAUGAGAAACAUUUAAUACAAGAGGUUGUCACUCAGAAGAAAUCUGGGGAGAAAAGUUACCAGUGUGAUGAAUUUGGAAGAAAUUUUGGUCGAAGGUCAUUACUUGUUCAACAGCAAGAAGAGAGACUAUGUAAUUGUGAUUCAUUUAAAAAGAACCUAAAACAAAGUUCAGAUCUAAUGAGGCAUAAGAGAAUUUGUGCAGGGAAGAAACCCUGGAAGUGUAAUGAGUGUGAGAAAGCCUUUAGUUACUACUCAGCUUUUGUCUUGCAUCAGAGAAUUCACACAGGAGAAAAGCCCUAUGAGUGUAAUGACUGUGGCAAAGCCUUUAGCCAGAGCAUACACCUUACUCUACAUCAGAGAAUCCAUACUGGAGAGAAGCCCUACAAAUGUCACGAGUGUGGGAAAGCCUUUAGUCACCGAUCAGCCCUUAUUCGGCAUCACAUAAUUCACACUGGAGAGAAACCCUAUGAGUGCAAUGAAUGUGGGAAGGCCUUUAAUCAGAGCUCAUAUCUCACUCAACAUCAGCGAAUUCACACCGGAGAGAAACCUUAUGAGUGUAAUGAAUGUGGGAAGGCCUUCAGCCAAAGCACGUUUCUUACCCAGCAUCAGGUUAUUCACACUGGAGAGAAGCCCUAUAAGUGUAACGAAUGUGGGAAAGCUUUUAGUGAUCGUUCAGGCCUCAUCCAGCACCAGAGAACUCAUACUGGGGAGAGGCCUUAUGAGUGUAAUGAGUGUGGGAAAGCCUUUGGCUACUGUUCAGCCCUGACUCAACACCAGAGAACUCACACGGGGGAGAAACCCUAUAAAUGCAGUGAUUGUGCCAAAGCCUUCAGUGACCGCUCAGCCCUCAUCCGUCAUCAGAGAACACACACUGGAGAGAAACCUUACAAAUGUAAUGAUUGUGGGAAAGCCUUCAGCCAGAGCUCAUCUCUCACAAAGCACCAGAAAACUCACACUGGAGAAAAACCUUAUAAGUGUAAGGAUUGUGGAAAGGCCUUCAGCCAGAGUUCAUCCCUUUCUCAACACCAGAAAACUCAUGCUGGAGGGAAAACCAAGGAAUUUGGAAAAGCCUUUUGUGAGCAUUCAGCCUUUGGCUAGCAAAAUAAUUCAUACUGGAUAAGACUGUAAAAUUGUUUCCUGGUGUGAGUAAUCAUCUGAGUAUCUCAGUCAACAAUUCUUGAGGGGAAAAUUGUUGAUUAGGAAAACUACUCAGAUAAUUAUACCCAGGAAAAAAUGAAGCUUGUGAGUUGGUCAGUCACAAAGUUUUCAUGAGAGCAGCUUCCCCUGAAGCCAGAGACAUUGGCCUGGCAGUUUGCUUCUGCACUUUGUGUCUUUGCUUAUUGAGACAUCUACUGAGAGUCAUGUUAGGUACCAGGGUCAGACCUGUAGCCUAGAAAUGGGGAGUACAGAGGGACCUGUGAUGUUUUCAGUCUGUUUUAAGCUGUCUGAGUUACUUGACAAUGUGCUUACGUAUGCAGAUUUACGUUCAUUGUAUGUAGUUUGUACUUUAGACUUUUUCAUACCAUAGUAAAAUUUAGUUGUAGACCUGAACUGACACUGCAUAUUAGGUUGCAAAAAUUUGAAAACACUUUAAAAUACUUGCCUCUCACCAUUUUACUUUUGGGUAGAGGCAGAUCACAUAUAUAUAUAUAUGUAUAUAUA